UCCGUGCCCAAAUAGUGCCCAGAACACACACACACACACACCUUGGACUUCAUUACACUCGACUCGCUGACUUCACGGCAUAAACAGACAGACGACACGGGCAGAAUCUUCCUAAAGCCCGUGUAUGAGACUCAGAAACGCCGAGGUAGAUCAAAUGAGGCAGGAUCUUGGCCAGCAGGAGUGAACAGGCACAUCAGUGAAACAGCUGUUUGAACAGACAGUAUGGCUGCAAUCUUAUGUGGGUGAAAAAGAGCCAGUAAAAACUCUCAGCAGACUUCAAGCUCUGGAUCCCAUGAUGAAUCGCUCAGUGACUCAAGGGUCUCCUCACAGUGUGUAGUGGCCUUUCACAUAGAGGACUCUCAUGGCAUGCAUUAAAAAUUUGUUCUUAUUGGAUAUAUGCACUGGCCGAUCUGAUUAUUGGAGCCCCCAGUGAUUAAACACCGUGAUUGGACAACUGAAGUGCCAUGGCGAAGAGAACAGAAAUCCUGAACCUGUCCUUCCUCCAGGAGCAUGAGCGAGAGAUGAUCCUCAGCGUCCUGCAAAAAGACGACAAACUCCGAAAACGAGAGGAGAAGCGCAUCAGAAAGCUGAAGAAUGAGCUUUUGGAGCUGAAGCGACGUGGGCGGCGUGGUAACCCAGAGCAGAGGGAGUGUGGUGUGUGUCUACGUGCUCUGGGUCUGAUCCUCCAGAGGGGCAGUGUGUGUUUUGAGUGUCACCGUCGUGUCUGCAGUUACUGCACAGCCAUCAGAUCAAACAGCAGUAACACCAAGUGCACUGUCUGUGCCAAAUCUGCGGAGCUGAAGGUGGUCACAGGCGAGUGGUUUUUGGAAGAACGGGCCAAACGCUUUGAACACACGACAGUCCCUAGCAGUGAUGUCAUCAAACAAUCUAUACUUAAAAGUGUUCCAGAUGGACAGUCUGGCCAGAACAAGCUUUCCUCGUCAGGACUGGACCGGCCAGCCACGCCUCAUUCUGAACGGUCAGCCUCACCCCAGUCUGAGAAGAGCGUUGGCCGGUACAUUGGCAAGAAGAAAGGGACCAAACCAGUGGCUGUUGAGUCAUCAGGAUUACCAACGACACCAAAUAACUUGCGCUCACACCCAGGCCGGGCACCGUCACAGGCUGAAGGAAGGAAAAGGCCUGAUGGGGCUGAGAGUGUGUGCAGUGCACACAGGAGUGACAGUAUUCCUGAAAAUAUCAGCAUUGAAGGGAAGCGAAAAGACUCAGGCACACCCUCGAUCGCUGUGUCCAGAGCCUCUCUUUCAUCAGACCGCAGUCGCUCCGAAGUCGAUCUCAGUAAUCUAAGUGAUGGGUUUAGUAAUGACCUCUUGCCUGGCCGCUGCCGCUCAGUUCCUGGGCUCAAUGAUGGCGACUCAGAUGAAGACAUCGAUGCUCUGAUGUCUGCUCAUUACAAAACCACCCGCAGUGUCAGCAGUGCUCAAUCUGUGAGCAGUCUGAACAGUAUUAUGAGCGUGUACAGUGAGAUGGGUGACUAUGGCAACGCGCGCGUUUCUGGAGAGAUCCUGCUGAACAUCUCCUACAGCUAUAAAACAGGAGCACUCAACAUUCUAGUGCGAGAGUGUCGCUGCCUAGCAACCGGAGACGACCGGAGACAGCGGACUGACCCUUAUGUUAAAACCUACCUCUUACCAGACAAGUCACGCCAGAGUAAACGAAAAACCAGCAUCAAAAGCAACACCACUGACCCAGUAUUCAACGAGAACCUGAGGUAUGUGGUGAGUCAUUCCCAGCUGGAGACACGUACUCUACAGGUUUCUGUGUGGCAUCAUGACCGCUUCGGACACAACACCUUCUUAGGAGAGACGGAGCUUACCUUUGACUCCUGGGAAUUUGACAAACAGAUAGAGGAUUGGUUCCCUUUGCAACCAAGAGCUGAGUGCUCUACAGACUCUUUGAUGCAGUAUAAGGGUGAGCUGACUGUGGUACUUAAAUACAUUCCUGCAGAGAGGAACCUUUCACUGCCACUGGACCAAAUACAAGUGAAAAGAGGUUUUCUGAAAGGGAAAAAGAGUAUCACUCUGCCAAAAGGAGGCAUGGUAGAGCUACUGGUUAAAGAAGCCAAAAACCUGACAGCUGUCAAAUCAGGCUCUUCUGAUUCAUUUGUCAAAGGGUACCUGCUGCCUGAUGACAAGAAGAGCACAAAACACAAGACUGCAGUGGUGAAGCGUUCGGUGAACCCACGCUGGAAUCACACCUUCACCUACUGCGGCCUGCAGCAUAGUGACCUGGACAGUGUGUGUCUGGAGCUCACUGUCUGGGACAAAGAGCCACUUGCCAGCAAUGUCUUCCUUGGGGGAGUACGACUAGGAGCUGGGACCGGUCUGAGCUAUGGGAAGGAGGUAGACUGGAAUGAUUCCUAUGGCGAGGAGCAGCGACUAUGGCAACGCAUGAUUGACAACCCAGAGGUUCCACAGGAGUGCACACUGAUGCUGAGGUCCAGCAUGGCCAAGAGAAAGACAUAGAGAAAGAGGUGCAGAGGGAUGGAUCUGUGUCUUGCAAUAUUCAUUGAAAGCUACUCGUCACCUUAUAGAAAAGUGCACUUUGCAUAUGCAGAUAGAUGCUGCGUUAUGAUACAUGCAGAAACAUUGUCCUUGAGAUUAGCUUUGAUUUGAUCCCUAUAUUUUAAGAGCCAGAUAUUCACAAACACAGUCUUGUUGUCUAUAUGAACACCCUGUCCUUCAUCACGGUGCCUCUUCACUACACAAGCAUGCAUCAAUCAUGCACAAAUAUAGCCAGCAUCACAACAUAUAUAACUUCAUCCAAGGUCAUGACUGGCAACAGCACAAAGACUAUCUUAAAAGAUGAAAAAAUAAUAAUAAUACUCUCACACACAUUUGUGUUGGCACAAACAAUUGUAUUCAAAGUGCACACAAAUUAGAUAAACUAUAAACAAGCGAAGCACUUUCACUGCCACUCUCAUAUAGAUAGAAAACGACAGUUCUUCUUUUAGUGCAAAUUUAUUGUGAGAUGUCCGUCUCCAGUGCUGUUGUAGCGAUGAGAUAGAAAUCAAGCACACCUCAGUGAUUCAGUACAUGUCUCUCCAGUAGUGCAUGCCUGAAGAGUGUUCAUUGAGCAUUAGAUCUGAGCUGCUCUACCUCAGGCUGUCUUCGUGUCCAGAGUAAUAGUGGGCAAUAUGACUAAAAUAUUAUAAUACUUAUAGACAUUUCUAUUAUAAACAAUACAUAAAACAUAUAAAUUUGCUAACAAACUGCCAGCAAAACAGUGAAACAUGUUAAAACAGAGCUAAAUUAUAUUGUUAUUUUAAUGUCUACAUAUGACGGUGUUGUUUGGUUGUUCUCCACUUGUCCAAGUCAGUGUGCUGGCAGGUUCACCAGUUUCCUCCUACUUCUCAAAUAUAUGGCAGAAGGUGGGCUGGCUAUAAUGCACUUAGGCGUGAAUGGGUGUUUAUGUGGAUGGUACCUUGUGAUGGACUGGUGUCCCAUUCAGUGUGUAUUCCUGCUUUGUACCCAGCAUUCCCUAGGAUAGGCUCUGGAUCCAUAACUGCCCUGACUGGGAUAAAACAUUCAUUGAAGAAGAACGUAUUAAAAUGAGAAAUUAUUUUUAAUUUGAAAUAAAUUUAAAUUAUUUAAUUUUAAACAUUCAGUACCAAAUUGUGAUGUCAAGUCAACUCCUUCCAAUCAGUUUAGAAUUGUUUUUAUAAAGUUGUGGAUGUUAGAAAAAGAUGAUGAUACCUGUGAUAUCUCUGAAAAGUCUACUGUGACAUAAUUCAUUCCCGUAAUGCUGUAUAUAAUGUUGUCACACUGCAUCAGAGGUAGCCAGCCAGAAUGAUUCAUGUCUCAAGUGUUUAAUUUGUUCAGUGUUCUAAAGCUGAGUGAGUGAAAGAUGUAUGUAGACACUCCUGUGUAAGUAUUUUGGAAACGUUUACACAAAGUACGCACAUACUUUGGUCAAGUCAGGUAGAUUACUAAUCCUGUUCAUAUACACAUAUAAUGGGAUGAAAUAUUGUGCCUCGAAAAUUAAAGUGCAACAUACAAAACUCUACAAAGUCUCCAAACCCGCAACUACAUAAAGUAAAAGUAAUGUGACAAGGGUAAGACAAAAUCAUUGUGCAAAUGUGGAAUUCCAGGAAAAAAGUGUAGCACAAUAUUACAAAUACACAGGAUGGUGCAGGGAAUGACACUGUACAUACUAACCGUACAGAACAGCAAGAACAGCAUCAGGGUAAACUAGAUAGCACAAUUGUUGUGGGAAAGUGUGUGAUAAUAUACCAUCAUACAGAAGUAACAGGAUCAACCUGCUCCUGAAAGUCUCUUUUUUGACAGAAUUUUGUUCAAGCCCUAAACCCACACACCUGAAAUCAGUGGUUAACAAGUGUUGUUUUUUUAACUUUGUUAAAGUGAUAAAUCACAAUCCAUUAUUAUCAAAGCUAUUAUAUUUAUUAUCGUGUUAUCCCCUUUGACUGGCCACUUGAAUUUGUUCAAUGCAAACUUCAAUAACUCAAACAAAUAAUUCAUAAAUAAUUUCAACAAAGGCCUAAUUUUUCUGAUCAGUAGAAUGAUUAGGAGUAAAAGGUUAUGUGGUUCCAAUAACCUUUUGGUACACAUUUUAGAAAAUUAGCAUAUUUAACAGUUAUUCCACGAAAUCGAGUCGUACAUGAGCUGAUAGCCAAUGUAUGAUGAGAUUGACUGGAAUAACUGUUUUAUUCUAUGCACAGUCACUGGAUUUUGAGAAACGGAGCAUUUUUAUUUUUUGCAAAUUUGACAAAUAAAAACUUUAUACAAAACGUCUGACAAAAUCAUUUCCGCUUAGAAUGUAAACAAACCAACAAAAUGACAGUAACAAUUUGUGAAAAAUGCUAUAAUAAUUCUUGAAAAAUAAAAAAUCUCUUACCAUGAAAUACUUUUAUUCCAUAUUUUGUUGCUUUUUUGUAUUUUUUGGGGAUUUUGUUUUCGAGUUUUUAUUUUGUCCUCAGUUGGUUCAGCAACAUGCGUCGUCAUUUUAUUUUUCUCUACUCACAGGAUAUGAGCUGAUAUCCUAGUAGUAGAGUAGCCAAUCAGAGAGCACGAUUGCCCAUAUCCAGUGAAUGUGGAUAGAAUAAUAUGUGAAUAGUUGGAUCAUGUUUGUAGAGAGUCUGUAAAUUUUAAUUUUUCAGUUAAAGGGUCCCUGGCUGCAAAAUGCUUGCGAACCCUUGCUGUAGAUAAUCUUGAUUCACUGGAUCAGCUCUGUUGGAUUAUAGAUUCUAAAGUAUUUUCUAUAGAAGGCUAGAUCUCCAGAAAGAUAGAUGGUGAGCCCUGUUCUGGAGUAUAUAGAUAAAUCACAAUGAAAGACAUAAGUGCAGUUUGGAAAAUGAUAAAAUGAUGAGAAUUGUGGUAGUCGUGGGACUUAUUUUAAUAUAAAGGCUGAUGUUGAAGCACACAACCCAGAAACACUGACCCAUGGAUUUGAAGAAUUGUACACAAUUUCCACAUGGACCCUCAAAAAUUGUGUGAGGUUGAAGAGGAUUUGAUGAACAAGCUGUCAUUUGUAUUGUUAGUCCUUCAUUCUUGUUUGUAACAGUAAGCCUUAAAAACAAGACAUAGCAUCACUUCUCAAAUAUAACUGGUGUCAUAUUCACUUGUGUAGUGUUUAUAAGGCUUUCUAAGUAGCAAGGUAUGACUUCUGUGUGUUAAAUGUUAAGUCAGUGUGUUUAUUGCCUGACUGUGAAGCAUGUUCAGUGUGUAUGUGCACAUCGUCAGCGCUGAGCAGGGAGAUUGCUCAGGAAUCUGCUUACAGAGAUUGUUUAUGCAUCUUCAGAUACCCUUAGGCAGUAAACAAUAAACUAUAUUAACCUCUCA